AUGACAACUAUCGACAUUGCCUAUUUCCCGCACAUCUUCGACGCAAUCCUCGAAUCCGCCGAUUUAGAAGCGCUCCUGGCAUUGAGGCUCACAUGCCGCGACAUCUACGAACGGAUCAGCGACGAAUGGAGUUAUGUGCAGUGGAACGUUGGCGAGGAGCAUCGAAAGCACCUCUUGAAGGAGCCUGAUGUCGCAUACAACAAGCGAGGUGUUGAGGUGCCAUGCAACAGCCCUUGCUUGCGGCUUGCUCAGGCAGUCGAUCUGAUCGACGAAAACUACGUGCCACCGCAAGACGAUAUCCCCAGCUUUCUCCGGCCCGAGAUAGUCAGGUGUUUCGGCAUAUGGCCAUCCACUGUGCUUGCCCGAGCCAAGACGCUCAUAUUCUAUGAGGCCUGGGAGGUAUGUCAACUGAACCACACUCUCUCGAAGCCGGUUCACGACCGCAUCAACAUGAUAUACCACCUGCAUUUUCCUCCUGAAGAUGGUUAUUACAGUCGAUACUUCGACGGUCUCGCGAACUGCCACCAUUCAACGGAUGUCUACAUCCUCUUAACUGGCGUGGAUCCAAGCCCGGGCUGCGAAGUUAUAGAGACCUUGUUCGAGAGUAUGGUGUGUUCUCUGGCCGACGAGGUGAAGGCCAAGGAAACCAGGACCAACUUUUACUUGGUGGACGUCCCCUCCUGGUUCGAUGGGUCCUACACGUCUUGUUUGGAAGACGAUCUUCGGCGAUUGGAUCACACCUUGACUAGCCAUGUCAUCUUCGAGACCUACCUGUUCAGCGGGUGGGAUACUCAAGGUGAAGAUGGUUGUUUCUACAGCACCACUCAAUAUCUUGCCGAAGAGAGAGCAGCGGCCUGUGAGCGCUUGUCCCAAGUGCGUUGCAUUACGCGCAGUGAGAUGCGUCAGCAGGUAGGCGACAAGGCGUACGACCUCACGUUUGCUCCGAGAGACCUUCGAGCGCUGAGGGCGUUCAUCUGA